UAGCUUCAGAAUAUCGCGUAGAAAUGUACGUUGCCGUGAAUCGAUUGUACCGAAUGUAUAUAGCUUAUGAAGAACAACCCGGUGUAUCCAGCAUCGAACAACGGCGAAGACCAUGGUGAUCCCACGGACUUGAAAGAGGCGAAAGGUAUUUCUUACUUGGAUCCUCCUGGCCGUGCUGCCCAAUUGCUCUCCCGAGAGAAAGGGCUGCUCAGCCUGAAAAUGACAGAUCUUCGUUAAACCUCCGAUUAAUACUUCUCAGAGUUUACAAGUAGACCAGCU